AUGUCUAAUAUCUUUAUGAAUAUCAACGAGCUUUCUUUCACUAAUAAAGAAAGAACCGAGCUACGUAUUUUUUUUGCUUACAAUGACGCAACUAAGGUAGAAGAAAUUCUUUCAACGAUUACAGAAGAAGUUGAGAAAGUUGAAUUCUUGAGGAUAUACGUCAGCAAAUCAAGAGAAGAGAGUCGAAAACUAUAUAUUGCCUCUGAUAGACAUUCUAUAGAACUGCCAUCCCAAAUCAUUAACAUCCUUAACAGUGGCGAAUUCGAGCCCAAACACUUUGCACUGGGCUACCAGGGAAGGAAACUUUGUAUAACAAAUCAAAUGAUAGAUAUGUGGAGCCUGCUUUCAAAAGAUGAUGGAAACUCAAUUAAGCGUGUCCUAUUGGGACCCAUGGGUGUGAAAAAGUCGUAUCUUGCACUUUUUCUUGCGGCAAAAGCCUACUCUAAAGGAUGGCUAAUACUUUAUAUUUCAGACGUGGCAGAACUUAUCAAACCUACAAUGGAAAUGGUAUCGAAAGAAAUUUGUAAGCGUUUUCUGGCAAUUAACAAAGACAUUCUAAUCGCUAACGAGCUCAAAAAAUUGGUAGAAUUUGUUAGUGAAGACGAUGUUUUUGUGACCUAUGCCUCAUUAAUUUGGGACCUGCUCAAGCAAAAAGAUUGUAAAACUCUCUUAGUAGUUGAUGAGCAUGGUGUAUUGUUCGACCUUGAUCCUCCAGUGCCUGAUCGUCUUAUCAUCUUAAUAUCUUUGAAGAAUCUCAACUUUUGGGAAGAGAAAGCAGCAGAAUCACGUGUGAUAUUUACUAGUACUGCACAUGCCAAGUUUGAGAAAACUUACCUGAUUAAUGAAGAAGCUUUUGAUAAGCUGCUGAACCUUCAUCCUUUCCUGAAAAAACCAAGUAUUGCAACAAAAGUGAAAAGAAUUGUCAACUGUGUUCCGCGCGAACUUAUAUAUUUUGCUAAAUACGUAAAAGACUCAUUCAGAAACUAUAUUCCUGAUGAAAGAAUUGAUAUAUUACUAGAAAGCUUUCAAAAUGAUCGACAUGAUGAAUUUUUGAAAGCUGCAAGGAUUUAUUUUAGUACACUUGAUCACGGCUCUAGAAUGGAUUAUUGCAGAUCUCUUUCUAACAUGUUUUUAAGAUCGUCAGACAUGAAACUCAAUUUUAAACCACUGUGUCUAGCAGCCUCAGAUGCACUUUUGGAUAUAUAUCGUACUUUUCCAUUGCCAGAAGAUAUUAAUGUUACCUCACUUAAAAAUGGGAAACUCACUGAUGAUAACUUCGAGGAGAUAUUGUUCCAGCAGUUGUUGAAUCAUCGUGAUGUACUUUUCAAUGCAACAAACCUAUGCAGGGAACAAGUAAUGAAUGUACAUAUCAAAUUCCAGCACUUCUUUGUACUUGAGAAGAAUCAGCUCGCUCCUGAACCGCGGCUUGCAAAUUCACUAAUUCGUGGUUAUGCACGUUAUCCGCAGUUUAAUUUUAUGAUUAGAUACUUAUUUAUUCAAGUGUCUAUAAGCCCUUUCGAUCAACAUAAUAAGGAAUCUGCAAAUAUUGACAAAGCAUUUGAACGAUACUGCAAAGAAGGCAAUAAUUCAAAAAACUAG